CACCAUGCCUCGCACCAAGGAAUCCUCACCCCACUCGGAUUCUUCUGGAAGUGAAAGCGACAACAAUGCCGAUGUAGAUGCUCCGCGAGUCGUGCAGUGGGUGGACGAAGACGAUCUGGAAGCGGAAGCCGCAGAGAGUUCCGAAGCUGAAGAAAGUGAGGACGAUGAAGGUGGCGAGGGUGUAGACGAUGUUAAAUCGCUCCAGACGAAUCUCUCUUCUCUGCCAUUCGGCGCACUACAAAAAGCGCAGCGUGUAUUAGCUCAGACAAAAGCCUACAGCGACUCUGAGGGUGAUGACGAUGGGGACGAAGGUUCCGAUGGGUCAGGGUCUGAACCUGAAGAGCCUACUUCACGCUGGAGUCGGGAGGAGAAAGGCAAGGCGAAGGAGGAGAAACCGAAGUCGAAAAAAGAUAUCACGAAGCGGUCGAGCAAGCAUGCACCUACGGAGGUAACGUCGAAACGACCGGUAUCUCGACGGAGAACGGUAGUUGAGGUCCCUAAAAUGGAGCCGCGCGAUCCUCGUUUCUUGCCUUUAGCAGGCGAGUUCGAUGCACAGAAAUUCAGGAAUCAAUACGGUUUUAUCGCGGACAUGCACGAGACGGAGCUCAAAACCCUACGCGACAACCUCAAGCGGGCACGAAAACUUGUAGGAUCAUCCCCGCGCGAUCUUCGUGAAGAGCGGGAGCGAGAGGUGCAGAGACUUGAGUUGGCCGUGAAGCGCGCUGAGAGUUCGGUGAAUAAGGAUAGGAGGGAGAAAGUCGAACAGGAGGCAAUGAACCGGGCGAUGCAGCAGGAGAAGGCAAAACAGAAGGAGGGCAAAGGACAGUACUGGCUGAAAGACGGUGCGAAGAAAGAGCUGAUGUUGAAGGCACGAUACGAGGCUCUUGCCGAACAGGGAGGACGAGGGGCAGUGCGGAAGGUGAUAGAGAAGAGGCAGAAGAAGGCAGCGCAGAAGGAGACAAAGUCGCGGCCGUAUGCUCGAGGAGAGGCGUUCAGCAGGACUAGUACUGGCGCCGGAGAAAGACAUCGGGAAUCUGCCAAGCGGGAUGGAGGUUGGGGCGACAGAGAACGAGCAAACAAGCGUCGGAAGAGUUAG